AUGCAGAAUCGAAAGGAGCUUGAAUUGAAAGCACAACAGAUGCGAGCGGUGGCACUUUAUUCCGUGAUACUGGGUACUGUUGCUGUAACACUGAGUGUUAUUAUCGUUCCAUUCCUGCAUUCUCUGAUCAGUUCAUUGGAUGCAAAUGUAAAGGUACUGCAAAUGAUCACACUGAAAUAUAUAUUAACUCAUCUGAUCGUAAAUUCUCAAAUUACAGCUACACUUACAAAAUACCGCAAUCCUACACUUUGGAUAUGUGCCAAAGUUUCUAAUUGUUACUACGUAGUAUUCACAAAUCCGCACCUUCACUUUUGGUACUAA